AUGGACACUACUAAAAAGGUUUCUUUUAAUACUACAAUGUUAACGUAAUCGUUAUAUACUACCACUAAUUUAAUGCAGGAUGAUAACAAAUUAGUAAAAGAUAUUUAAAAUAAAAUUCAUUAAAUUUUAAAAGGAGGAAAUGCAGAUAAUGAAUAUUCACAUCGAUUAAAGUGCAAGGUUCCUCUCUUAUAAACAGUUGAUUGUUAAAAGUUAUGCAAUAAAUUAGUCAAAUUUAAUGAGCACUACAAAAUCGAUGAAAAUGACCAGAAUUCAAUCACCAUCAAUAACAAAGUUCUGAAGUCAUAUAAAUUUAAUUCUGUUAUAUCCAAAAGAAGAUUAACAAAAAGUCAAUAAUAAAGGAACAAUUCUCAAAUUAACAACUCUGGACACUAAAGAGGGGACAAAUACAAUAAAAUAUUCAAUACAGAAUGGUCAGAAUAUCAGAAUAUAUAUGAUUUGCACAAUCUCCUAUCUCCUAAUUCUUUAGACAUGAGUCCUGCAUAUGCCGAAGUUGAGUUUAUUAAAUCCAAAAUUAAGAAACAUCAUCGUGAUGACAUCAUCAUUUCUAAAAGUAGAUGGAUCAAAAAUAAUGAAACCAAAAACUAUAUUGAUCCUGACUAAGUUUAUUGUGUUCAACCUAAUAGGAUAUCGACCAGCAGAGUAAUCUUGAAAUCUAAUCACAACAAGGAAUCAAUAACUUAUAGAAAACAUCAAUCCUUUAAAAAUUGA